AUGUGUGGUUCUCGUGAUGCCUCGGUUCGACCGGACAUAGUUGCUCGAGUGUUCAAACUCAAGCUCGACGUAAUGAUGACGGAUCUGACUGAGAAUAAUGUGUUGGGUCGAGUAUUGGCAUCUGUCUACACCGUGGAGUUCCAGAAACGAGGCCUCCCCCAUGCCCACAUUGUGUUAUGGUUGGCUGAUGAGGAUAAGUUAAAGACCCCUGAGGACAUUGAUGAGGUGAUAUGUGCCGAGAUACCUGACAAAGAAACCGAUACUAUUGGGUACAGAGCAGUCUCCCAACUCAUGAUGCAUGGUCCGUGCGGGGAAGCAAAUCCGAAAUGUCCAUGUAUGUUCAGAGGGAGAUGUGGAAAACAUUUUCCCAAGCCUUUUAGCAACAGCACCACUAUCAACAAUGAUGGGUAUGCUUUGUACAGGAGGAGAAACACUCAAAGAACAGUGAAAUGCAAUAACAUAUAUCUCGAUAACAGGCAUGUUGUUCCUUACAAUCGUGGGCUGCUUGUCAAAUACCAAGGACACAUUAAUGUCGAAAGGUGUAAUCGUUCCCAAUCGAUAAAAUAUCUUUUCAAAUAUAUUGGGAAAGGACCGGACACAACAACAGCUGUAAUGGAAUCAGAUGUUCAAACUGGGCCUGAUAUACAUGCCAGAAUCAACAAUGAAAGAGAGGUUGAAGGUGAUGAGAUUAAAAAUUAUAUAUCUUGCCGUUAUGUCUCUGCAGCAGAGGCUUGUUGGUGUAUCUUUGAGUUUCCUAUCCAUCAUAGAGAGCCAUAUGUGCAAAGACUAUACUUCCAUCUUGAAAAUGAACAGGAGGUCAUGUUUCGUGACAAUGAGUCGUUGCCAGAAGUUGUGAACAGGGUCGACCCAGAUGGAACUAUGUUUGUGCAGUGGUUAUUAAGCAAUCGUUAUGACGAGUCAGGGAGACACCCAACGUUUGUGACUUAUCCGAAGUAUUAUCGGUGGGAUUUAUCUGCAAAGCGUUGGUUUCGACGCCGGCAAAAUGUAUCUGUUGUUGGCCGUAUGGUUUAUGCACAUCCUGCGUCUGGGGAACGCUUCUAUAUGCGAAUGAUAUUGAAUUUUGUAGCUGGAGCAAAAAACUUUGCCGAUGUGCGAACUGUGGAUGGCGUUGUGUGCUCUACUUAUAAGGAAGCAUGUUUCCGCAGGGGCCUCCUCGAGUCUGAUAGAGAAUGGCACAUUGCAAUUGAUGAUGCUGCUAACUAUGCUACUGCUCCAAAACUUCGUGAGUUGUUUGUCACUCUCUUGAUAUUUUGUGAAGUCACUGAUCCUGGGACACUAUGGGAUAAACAUUAUCUGCAAUUGUGUGAUGAUGUUGAGUACAACCGUCGGAAACUCUUAAAUAUGCCAAAUCUUAGCAUCAGCGAACAGGACAAGCAAAUGCUCGCACUCAAAGAGAUUAAUGAUCUGUUAAAACAACAUGGUAAACGCUUGGAGGAUUUUCCAGGAAUGCCCCUGCUUAACAUGUCAGGCCUUUCAAGGUAUAAGAAUGACCUUUUGCUAGAAGAAAUGAUGUACGAUCGAAGUCAGCUCCAGUGUCAAGCUUCAGAGAAGGUGACUUGUUUGAAUCAUAUGCAGCGGACUGUUUAUCAUCGUGUGAUGGGAGCUGUUACAUCUAACAAUGGAGCCCUUCUUUUCGUUUAUGGUCAUGGAGGUACAGGCAAGACCUUUUUGUGGUCAGCUAUAGUCGCACAUCUAAGGAGUGAGGGUAAAAUUGUGUUGGCCGUCGCCUCUUCUGGUAUAGCAUCUUUAUUGAUGGAAGGUAGGCGGACUGCUCACUCGAGAUUUAAGAUACCAAUAGAUCUCGAUGAGCAUAGCUGCUGUGAUAUUAAAAAAAAUACAAACCUCGCGGAUUUGAUAUGCCAGACAAGUCUUGUGGUUUGGGAUGAAGCUCCAAUGAACCACCGUUUUGUGUUUGAAUUAGUGGAUCGCACAUUCCGUGACAUUUUGACUAAAAUAAAUCCAAGGGCACGUUCCAUGCCAUUUGGUGGAUUGACAGUCCUGCUUGGUGGAGAUUUCAGGCAAACCCUUCCUGUAAUUCCUAACAAAGGGCGUGCACAUAUUAUCGAAGCGUGUAUAUGUAAAUCCCACUUGUGGCAAUACUGUGAGGUCUACCGAUUGGAAGAGAAUAUGCGUCUUGAAAGGAAUGUUCCCCCCAUUACUGUUGAUGGCAGGGAGGUGGCAUUUCAGGAGUGGGUUUUGAGGCUCGGCAAUGGGACCGAAAGGAUGUACUCUCUGGAUGAUGAUAACGAACCUGCUUGGAUAAGGAUCCCCACGGAGGGUAACCAGAUUGUUGCAAUGGUUCGGAAUACUCAAAAGGCAAAUUGUUUCCCCCUCAUCUCUGAAGGUAAGGUCUACCAGAUUUCCAAUGCAAAGGUUGUCACUGCUGCUAAGGCUUUCAGGGCUAUUGACCGGAAUGUGUCUCUGCUAAUCUUUCACGGGACCCGAAUACAGCCGGCUGCUGACACUGACCUCAUCCUGAGACACAGGUUUGACCUUACUCCUUUCGAGGAGAAAAAACUCUGCGUAGAUGUCAUCGGUCUGGUCACAGAUUAUGGGAAUUUGGAAACGAUCGCAAACGGGGCACAAAAGCUGGAUAUCAUCCUGGAAAAUGAAAGCUGCCGCGGGGAACCAGCUGAGCUGCUUGGGGCUCCUGUGAAUCGCCCCACUGUGGAAGCCAAUGCAAACAACUUGAAGCACCUAACUAUUCAAGAAAUUCUGGAAUACCACCUACCAGCUGGAGAAAACUUAAGCGUACAUGUCUUUGCGCAACUGAAAGAAAGAUGUCUCGCUGCCUCUGCCUCGCAGAGAUUGUUGCUGUUUUGGAAGAGGAGGGGUGGUACUACAACUGCUGUUCAAAAUGUUCGCGCAAAACCUGAUUGCUUGGCCAGAAUAACUACUGCGACAGCUGCGCAGAAAAUGUGCCAGAACUGA